AUGAAUUUUUUGCUUCAUGUUGUCUCUUUCCUCUGUAGCCUUCUGGUGGUCGUUGCUGAUUGGCAAUUUCGUUCCCGGCCAGAUUUGGCUCCUCCACGAUUGAACAUCACGGUACCUGCCGAAGGGACAUUACCGGGUUACUUGUUUGUAGCUCCUUUCAGUGGGUAUUCUGAUGUUGGAAACCUGCACGGACCCCGGCAAGCAGCUCCGUAUAUUUUCACCGAUAAGGGUGAGCUUGUAUGGUCGGGAUACACUUACUUUUCCAUCUGGAAUGCCAAUUUUCAGGCUGCGAAACUUCAUGGCGAAGAUGUCUUAUUCUCAUUUGAAGGCGACCACAAUCCUUCCUAUGGCCAUGGCCAUGGUCAUGUCACCUUCCUAAACAACAAGUACGAAACCAUAAGGGAGAUUGGUGCUGGGAACCAUAAAUUGUCUGACAAGCACGAGUUCCAGGUUCUCAACGAGAAGACUGCGGUGAUUCAAAUUCACCAUCCAAUUCCCUAUGACCUUGGUCCAUUUGGUGGUACGAAGAAGCAGCAGUGGAUCGUGAACUCCAUUUUUCAGGAAUUGGAUAUCGAAACCGGAAAAGUCUUGUUUGAGUGGUCUUCCUUAGACCAUGUAUCUCCCCAUGAAACUGUGUUUUCUAUUAAAGACGGACUGGUUGGGUUUGGCCACAACUCGAGUGAUGCUUGGAAAUAUUUUCAUAUAAAUUCUAUUGAUAAGGAUAGCGACGGUAACUAUCUUUUAUCUGCCAGAAUUUGGACCUCGAUUUAUAAGAUCAAUGGUAAGACGGGUGAGGUUAUGUGGAAGUUGGGAGGUCUCCCUGGUAUUACUUCUUCCAGCUUUACAUCUGUCGACAAUUUUACUUUUUCGUUUCAGCACCAUGCUCGUUACUUGGAGACCUCGGCCGACAAGUCUAAGCAGGUUAUUUCCUUGUUUGACAAUUCGGCCCAUGGCUCAGAGAACAAAGAUGGAAAAGUAAAACUCAAUGGUAUUUCGAGUGGAAAGAUUAUUGAAGUUGACACGAAAUCGUGGGAAGCUACUCUUCUCUACAACGCAAAAGCACCAUACAAUCUUUCUGUCAAGUCGCAAGGCUCUGCGCAAGUUUUGCCCAACAAGAAUGUAUUGGUAAAUUGGGGCUCUGAGGGUGCUGUGACAGAGUAUGAUGCAAACGAAAAAAUCAUUUUCCAUGCCUUCCUUGACUCUGGGGCUAUCGCAGACAAGGUGGAAAAUUAUAGAGCUUUCAAAUAUAAUUGGACUGGAAUUCCUAACGAAGCGAUUGCCGUUGCUGCUGAGUAUACUCCUACUGGAUCUACCAAUGUCUACGUCAGUUGGAACGGAGAUACCAGAACAACUCAUUGGAAAGUAUGGUCACUUGACAACUCCGAUAAUUGGACCCUUAUCGAUACAGUUGAAAAGAAGGGCUUCGAAACGAAAAUCAAGGUUCCGGAAGUUCACGAAAAAGUUCUCGUUCAAGCGUUGAACGAGUAUAAGGAAGUUCUUGGAAAAUCAGAGAUUGUCAAAACAACGAAGGAAGUACUCCCUUAUAUAGAAGAAGCUGAACCAGAAUCAGGCUCCAUCUUUGAAGUCGAUAAGUUACAAUCGUACUUUGAAUGGAGAAAGAACGAAGACAGCUCUGUUUAA